GAGAGACAACCUGUACAGGAUGGCUGCGGCAUCAUCAUCCAGACGGCCUCAGCAGCAAGUACCUGGAUCAGUGGGACAACAGUCGCAGCCGCCCUCAACUGCCUCAGUUCCAACAUCGGCCUCCCCACCGCUUUCUCCUUCCUCCCGAAGAGUGGCCUCUUCUUCCUCUGCUUCCCCUCCCCGCAGCCCGGAGAUGACACCAGCUUCUGCCAGGCAAGGCCCAGACUUCCAGCCCGAGGGAGAAGCGGCUCCGCCACCGGCGUUCCUACCAAGGCCUCUGUCCCCUCCUCCAGGGGAGGCCGCUAGCUUGUUGUCCCCGGCUUCCUCCUCAAUCCCUUCAGCUCCUGCCCCCAGCUCUGGGAGUAGUGGCAGCAGCAGCUCGUCCUCUUCUAGUAAUAGCUUGUCGUCUGGAGGCAGCCCAGCGGAGAGUCCAGACAGUGGGACAGGAGGAAGUGGGCCAGGACCCGGAGGGCCCCUGAGUGCAGUGAGUGGAGCCUUUCGAGAGCUUUUUGAGGCCUGCAGGAACGGGGAUGUCUCCCGGGUACGGAGAUUGCUGGAGCCGGGAAAUGUCAAUGCCAAGGACAUGGCCGGGAGGAAAUCCACCCCACUACACUUCGCAGCAGGAUUCGGAAGAAAAGAUGUGGUCGAACACUUGCUACAGACAGGAGCAAAUGUCCAUGCCAGGGAUGAUGGUGGUCUAAUUCCUUUACAUAAUGCCUGUUCCUUUGGCCAUGCUGAAGUUGUCACACUACUACUUUGCCAGGGAGCAGACCCAAAUGCUAGAGACAAUUGGAACUAUACUCCUCUACAUGAGGCAGCGAUUAAAGGGAAAAUUGAUGUUUGCAUAGUACUGCUGCAGCACGGUGCAGACCCCAGCAUCCGGAACACUGAUGGGAAAUCAGCGCUGGACCUGGCUGACCCUUCAGCAAAAGCUGUCCUCACUGGUGAAUACAAGAAGGACGAACUCCUGGAAGCAGCCAGGAGUGGAAAUGAAGAGAAACUUAUGGCUUUAUUAACACCUUUAAAUGUGAACUGUCAUGCCAGUGAUGGACGCAAGUCUACACCACUACACCUCGCAGCCGGCUAUAACAGAGUUCGAAUUGUCCAGCUUCUGCUCCAACAUGGUGCUGAUGUUCAUGCGAAAGACAAAGGAGGACUUGUGCCACUGCAUAAUGCAUGCUCCUAUGGACACUUUGAGGUCACAGAACUACUGCUAAAGCAUGGAGCUUGUGUUAAUGCCACGGAUCUCUGGCAGUUUACACCAUUGCAUGAAGCUGCCUCCAAGAAUCGAGUUGAAGUCUGCUCCUUGUUGUUGAGCCAUGGUGCAGAUCCAACCAUAGUCAAUUGCCACGGAAAGAGUGCUGUUGAUAUGGCUCCUACUCCAGAGCUUAAAGAAAGGUUAACAUAUGAAUUUAAAGGACAUUCUUUGCUGCAAGCUGCGAGGGAGGCAGACCUGGCGAAAGUGAAAAAGUCACUCGCUUUAGAGAUCAUCAAUUUUAAACAACCGCAGUCACACGAGACAGCAUUGCACUGUGCAGUAGCCUCCUUGCAUCCAAAACGAAAACAGAUAACAGAGUUACUACUUAGGAAAGGAGCCAACGUCAAUGAGAAAAAUAAAGAUUUCAUGACACCACUGCAUGUAGCCGCUGAAAGAGCACAUAAUGAUGUUUUGGAGGUGCUGCAUAAACAUGGAGCAAAGAUGAAUGCUUUAGACACACUUGGACAAACAGCAUUGCACAGAGCAGCUUUGGGAGGUCAUCUGCAGACCUGUCGUCUCCUGUUGAGCUUUGGCUCGGACGCGUCAAUCAUCUCUUUGCAAGGUUUCACGGCGGCACAGAUGGGAAAUGAAGCCGUGCAGCAAAUUCUGAGUGAAAGCACCCCUGUCCGCACAUCCGAUGUUGAUUAUCGUCUGCUAGAAGCGUCAAAGGCUGGAGAUUUGGACACUGUAAAGCAGCUAUGCAGCCCCCAGAAUGUGAAUUGCAGGGAUCUGGAGGGACGACAUUCAACUCCAUUACACUUUGCAGCCGGCUAUAAUCGUGUUUCUGUAGUGGAGUAUCUCUUACAUCAUGGUGCAGACGUGCAUGCCAAAGACAAAGGUGGUUUAGUUCCCCUACAUAAUGCCUGCUCCUACGGACACUAUGAAGUAGCAGAGUUGUUGGUGAGGCAUGGUGCCUCAGUCAAUGUAGCGGAUCUAUGGAAAUUUACCCCACUACAUGAAGCAGCUGCCAAAGGAAAAUAUGAAAUCUGCAAACUAUUGCUGAAGCAUGGAGCUGAUCCAACAAAGAAGAACAGAGAUGGGAACACACCUCUAGACUUGGUGAAAGAUGGUGACACCGACAUUCAGGACUUGUUACGUGGGGAUGCUGCUUUGCUAGAUGCAGCCAAAAAGGGUUGUCUAGCAAGAGUGCAGAAGCUUUGCACACAAGAAAACAUUAAUUGUAGGGAUACGCAAGGUAGAAAUUCUACACCUCUCCAUCUAGCAGCUGGUUACAACAACUUGGAAGUCGCUGAGUACCUUCUUGAGCAUGGAGCAGAUGUAAACGCACAAGACAAAGGAGGCCUAAUUCCUUUACAUAAUGCAGCAUCAUACGGGCAUGUAGAUAUUGCAGCCUUGCUGAUAAAAUACAACACUUGCGUUAAUGCUACAGAUAAAUGGGCCUUCACACCUUUACAUGAAGCUGCCCAGAAAGGACGGACACAACUGUGUGCUUUGCUUCUGGCUCAUGGUGCUGACCCUACAAUGAAGAACCAGGAAAGCCAGACGCCCUUGGAUUUGGCUACAGCCGAUGAUAUCCGGGCUUUGCUCAUAGAUGCAAUGCCCCCUGAGGCUUUACCUAGCUGCUUCAAACCCCAAGCCACUGUGGUCAGUGCCGCUAUCAUUUCUCCAGCCUCCACUCCCUCUUGUCUUUCCGCGGCAAGCAGCAUAGAUAACCUCACAGGCCCUCUCACAGAUCUUGCUGUCGGGGGAACAUCAAAUGCUGGUGACGGAGCAGCAGGAGCAGAAAGGAAAGAAGGAGAAGUUGUGGGUCUUGACAUGAACAUCAAUCAGUUUUUGAAGAGCCUGGGUCUUGAGCACCUUCGGGACAUCUUUGAGACAGAACAGAUCACGUUAGAUGUGUUGGCAGACAUGGGUCACGAAGAAUUGAAGGAGAUUGGCAUUAAUGCGUAUGGACACCGUCACAAGUUGAUCAAAGGAGUUGAGCGUCUACUUGGAGGUCAGCAAGGCACCAAUCCUUAUUUGACUUUCCAUUGCGUUAGUCAAGGUACUGUGCUCGUAGACCUCGCUUCGGAUGAUAAGGAAUACCAGUCUGUAGAGGAAGAGAUGCAGAAUUCUAUCCGUGAGCAUCGAGACGGUGGCAAUGCUGGAGGAGUUUUCAACCGAUAUAAUGUUAUCAGGAUUCAAAAGGUAGUUAACAAAAAACUCAGGGAGAGGUUCUGUCACCGGCAAAAAGAAGUCUCUGAAGAAAACCAUAACCAUCACAACGAGCGGAUGUUAUUCCACGGUUCUCCCUUCAUCAAUGCUAUAAUACACAAAGGCUUUGAUGAGAGACACGCAUAUAUUGGGGGCAUGUUUGGAGCUGGCAUAUACUUUGCAGAAAACUCUUCAAAGAGCAACCAAUAUGUUUACGGUAUAGGAGGAGGAACUGGCUGUCCAACCCACAAAGACAGAUCAUGUUAUAUAUGCCACAGGCAAAUGCUGUUCUGCAGAGUCACGCUUGGCAAAUCCUUCUUGCAGUUCAGUACAAUGAAAAUGGCACAUGCCCCUCCUGGACAUCACUCUGUGAUUGGCAGACCUAGUGUUAAUGGACUGGCCUAUGCAGAGUAUGUCAUUUACAGAGGAGAACAGGCGUACCCCGAAUAUCUUAUUACAUACCAGAUAAUGAAGCCAGAAGCUCCGUUGCAGGCCACAACGACAGCAGAGCAGAAGACCUAGUCACAAGCCCAAUGUAGUGGACAUACUGCGUUUUCCAACUAGAGCUGGACAGUUACGUGACUGUGUCUAUGGGAAUGUUUUUCCCUAAGGAAAGCCCGGGCGUCCUGGAAUAAGCUGUAUUUUUUAAGUGUUAUAUUGAUGGUUUUAUUCUGCGUGAAAAUAUACCCAUUUGCUAAUGUUUACAAGGGGCUGCCUUUUAAAAGUGUUUUCUCAGGCUCAUUUUCAUCUGAAAAACAAACCUUGAAUAACAUUUUAUCAACACUACAAUAUUGCAACAUCAGCAUUACCACCAUGGUUCAUUUAGAUGUUCUAUACAUGUGUGUGUAACGUUAAUGUGAAAGCCCGAAGUCACCACGUAAUCAACUAUUUAUUUGAUGUAAUGCAUAUAUAUGCGUAUCUGUAUUCCAGUAAUGAGCCAGAACGUAACAAAAAUAUUUUUUUUCCAUUUUUGCACAAAGAUGGCAGAGUCAAUAAGCAAUGCAAUAUUUACUUCUGUUUACCAUGGAACAAGUAAGAGCCUUUAAUAUGUGUUGUCUUCUUUCUCUUUGCACUUGUACAACUCGAUAUAUUGUCAAUGAAGAAGGAACAUAAAAUAAAUGUUUAGAAUUGUAAAAAGUUAUUUUCAUUAAAGUGGACCAAUCUUCCAAAACCAUCCUAGAUCUAGUUAGUGUGGCAGGAAAUAAAAAUGGUCUCCGUGUAACAUAAAAAA